CAAACCCAUUGAAUGGAACGAGGUGAGUGCUGUCUCGUCAUAAAUGGUCAACAGCUUGCAGCGUAGCGCAGCACAUCCGAUCAGCUAUGGUAGGGUCUGCGCUGCACAAGGUUUACAUAGCUCAAGAUCAUGGAAUAUCCUCAGAACAUUAGACAUCAUCUCGAUCUGAUCGCCGUUACUGCUGGGUGCCCAACAACUUGCCAUGUAAUAUUCAAAGGUAGAUGCUUGGACAAGCGGCACAUCCGCCCAUUAUUCUUUCGUUUAAACCAACUGGAAUAAAAGUUCAACAAACGCAUCCAAAGGGUCGAUGUGUUCAAUUGCUAUGGCAACACCACGUCACCCUCGGCGGCCAAGACCACUUUGCGGGACCUUCCCCCAUCAUCCUACUUGAUACACACACCGACAAUGUCUGCAACAGCUGGAGGAGGUGGUGUAGGGCGCGUGCUGAAGAAGCUUGCGAAAUCAGUACAAGAUGGAAACUAUUACGAAGCACACCAAAUGUACCACUCGGUCUGUCAGAGGUAUCUCAAGCAGAAAAAGUUCGACGACGCGCUGGAGCUGCUGCAUCAAGGGGCGAAAAAUAUGUUGGAGCACGACCAACUCGGUAGUGCGGAGGACCUUGCUCAGCGGAUGAUGGAUAUCUAUGAUUCUGAAGGCUUGAAAGUGGAUGAUAAGACUAGAGCGAGAGUGGUUGAUCUUUUCCAAGACUUUCCAUUACGUACCGAGCAAUGUGAUCAAUAUGUAAGAAUGUGCCUGAGGUGGUCGGCAAAGCACAGUGCGUGUCCCGCCGGCGACCCACUGAUGCAUCAUGCAUUUGGAUCCCGAUACUAUAAAGAAAAACAAUAUUAUGAUGCGGAGUAUCACUUCAUAUACGGGACAACUGAUAGUGCAAAAGCCCUUGGGCAUAUGAUAUGGGAAUGGUCGGGAGAAGGUUACUUUCCUGACAGAGGUUAUUUUAUUGCACGGGCUGUUCUACAAUCCCUGGUGCUAAAGAAAAUCCAUCACGCCAACAUCACCUUUGAAACGUUUAUAAAAGAUCUCAAAGCCAAUGACCCCGAAUCCAAAGGCAUUCCCCUCCCCUUCAAACCUACUGACGCGUCUACACCUGAAGUCUUUUUGUACAAAUCCUCCCUCAUCAAUUUUACCCAGUUCCUGUUGCUCUGUGUGCAGCGCAAGGCUGUGGAACAGUUUACAUCUUUGAAGAAUCAAUACCGCUCUGUGGUUGGAUUUGAUUCAUUUUUAGUGCAUAUGGUGGAUAAGAUUGGCGAAGUAUUCUUUGGACUGGGACCAAAGAAAGUAUCGAAUCCUUUAGAGGACAUGAUGAAAUCACUGUUCGCCCCACCACCGUCAGCACUAGGUCAUUCGUCGCAGCAGGCGCAAAUACUGGAAAUGGACUAGCAUAUUGUGUAUAUUGAGGAUGCUAUGUGUGCAUGUCGACUGACGCCGCAAUAAACCAAACACUAUAGACCGA